AUGCCAUCUAUGAGGACACCUUCUGAGGUGUCCUAUGAAGAUGGCGUAGAUCACUUCGCCGACUUUGAUGGCACUCAUACCCCCCAAGAAGACGGAGAGAGUUGUGAGAGUUUCGAAAAUGGGCCCCCGUACACUACAUCGAAGAACAAAAACAACCACAUUGGCCAGGGAGUGAACCAGAGUGAGCAACAACAUCAAGCUGGAAACAGGAUCAGUGAUCAGCGGAACUGGAUAAGGAGAAUAUGGGUGUGGCUGAAGAAGAUUGCCGACGCAUGCUUGGCGCGCACAUUUGGUCUGGUGCUCCACCGUGGAGGUGGCUAA